GCCAUUGAUUAGAAUUUCAUUUUCAAUGUCGUAGAAGUUCGGUUUGCUUAAUAUUUGGCAAAUGUUUUUAACGCUAUAAGCUUUUCUAUCGCCUGCAAAAGCUUUAUCGUGCUUAUUGUUCCAACAAAUUGAGAAAAUACAAAACACAUACAGUUUCCGCAGACCUUGCUGUGAGAUAAAGUCAAAACAUGUGCAGAUUUAAACGAAUUUACUCAAAAUGCAUUAUCAAGUUGUAUUGGCGUUCGGAGAUAUUUCCUUUGGUGGCUAUGAGUAAUCCAACAAUAUGUCUUUGAAGAAACAAAAAAGAAAAAAAAUCAUUUGUACGAUAAUUAUUAUUUGAAACUGAUUUUUUUUGUUAAGAACAAAAAUAUAUAUUUUCAGACAAAGUUUGUUUCAAUAUUGAGUGCAAUAAAAUAAUAAAGAAAUAAAUUCUAAUAAAUGUAAAAAGGAAAAAGAAGAAAUCACUAAAAUCAAUGCUAAGAAGUGUGAUUAUGUAAAAUGGAAAUAAUCGAUAGAAAGUAAUGAAAGUAUAUUUUAUUUACAAUGUGACGCAUUUCGUGCAAUUACAAUAAAAGCUGAAUUUUUCUUUGAAAAAUUGAACUGUGAUUGGCUAACUUGUGUGUGAAGAAAAUAGUUUCAAAAUAUAAAUAAGUCUUAUAGAAAGUAUAUAUGUUUGGGUGUAUGUCAACUUAUUUCUGUAAAACUAUGAACCAGAAAAUAUCCAUAAAAUUGAACAAACAAAACCUAAUAAUUCUUUAUAUAAAAAAUACAUAAUUAAAUAAAUAAUAAAAAAAAAUAAAUAAAAAAUACAAAAAGUACCUAAAGGCCUUCGAAGACGACACCCGCUAAUAGACGGGAAGCAUUCGCGCAUUACUUUUAUAAAAAACGUCAUGACACAUUCCUCCAAUUCCAUACCGUCCACUGAAAAUGAUUGUCGCCAGUUUGCAACAAUUACUGAUGACAACGAUACGAGCUUUGAAAUCGAUGAGCCUGAUGAUGAUGAAUUAGCCUCAGAAGAUACUAAUAAUCAUUAUGAGAAAACACCGACGAACGAAGAUGAUAUUAAUAUAGCCAGCACAUCAUCGGGCAUAACAUCGUCAUAUCAUUACAAGAGACCACCUCAUGUCAUACAUAAAGAUGACUCUGAUAAUGAGUCGAAUUUCACGUCUGGAUCUCGUACAUGUUCUUCAACGCCUACGACAGCAGAUGUUGCCGAUAUCACGACGGCCACAGCUGUGUAUCCUGCUAUUGCAAAACAUGUUAAACGCUUAACGCCGGCUCCACAUAUGCAAGCGAUUACAAUACAAACUGUACAGAUUAAAGGAGCAACGUCCGAAUCUGUUGUCGCCGACAUCUUACCCGAUGAUAAUUGUUCUGAUUCUCUAGAAACCACUGUAACAGCAAGCGAUGUCGAGCUGGACAAUAUAGCAACCACAACAACUAAUUCCAAUUCAGCAAAGUUAACGUUGUUACAAAGUAAUGUCAAUGCAAUUUCAUUAGCCCGUACAGCGGCAAUUCCAUUAUUAACGCAUCCAAGCGCAGCUUGUCAGCAAACGGAUAUUAUUGGUGGAGAGAAGCCCACCGCUGGUCAUCAUCACAAACGUACAUUAUCGUCUGCUUCGCAUCGAUCUGCAGUUUCUCAAUUUUCCGCACACACAGUCAAUACCUCGUUGUCAGUUCAACCGAAAUGUAAAUUUUGGUCUUGCCUUCAAUGGAUAUGUUUAUGUCUUAAGAAUUCCGGUAUUGGUGAACCUAGCGUACAUCAUGCAUUGGUUGUGAUAUUUUUAGAGUUCUUCGCUUGGGGUCUCUUAACGAUGCCCGUAAUUGCGGUGCUAAAUCAAACAUUUCCUGAUCACACUUUUUUGAUGAAUGGUCUAGUCAUGGGUAUCAAAGGUAUAUUAUCAUUUCUCAGUGCGCCCCUAAUUGGUGCUUUGUCAGAUAUUUGGGGUCGUAAGUUUUUCCUAUUGAUAACAGUAUUUUUCACCUGCGCUCCCAUACCUUUAAUGACAAUAAAUACCUGGUGGUUCUUUGCAAUGAUCUCAAUAAGCGGCAUAUUUGCAGUCACAUUUUCAGUGGUAUUUGCUUAUGUAGCCGACGUAACCACAGUAGAAGAACGUUCGCGUGCUUAUGGUUUAGUUUCGGCAACUUUCGCUGCUAGUUUGGUAAUUUCACCUGCCUUGGGAGCUGCACUUAUGGAAAAGUAUAGUGAUACUUUAGUGGUCGCUUUGGCUACAGCGAUAGCAGUACUAGAUGUAUUUUUCAUUUUAGUGGCCGUACCUGAAAGUUUACCAGAUAAAGUUAGGCCGUCGUCUUGGGGGACGCCAAUUAAUUGGGAACAGGCUGAUCCAUUUGCGGCUUUGAGAAAAGUCGGUACCGAUCAUACAAUUUUGAUGCAAUGUGUGACAGUUUUAUUAUCAUAUUUGCCAGAAGCCGGCCAGUAUUCGUGUAUUUUUGUUUAUUUAAAAUUGAAAAUGAGUUUCAAUACAAUGGAAGUGGCAAUAUUUAUCGCUGUUGUUGGUAUACUGAGCAUCAGCGUGCAAGUAACUUUAGGCUAUUUAAUGCGGAGGAUAGGAGCAAAGCAUACAAUCAUUUUGGGUUUAAUACUGGAAAUGACUCAGCUCUUUUGGUAUGGCUUCGGCAGUCAAAAAUGGAUGAUGUGGGCUGCCGGAAUAUUAGCUGCUUUAGGCUCUAUUACUUACCCUGCUAUAAGUGCGUUCGUGUCAAUUCACUCAACAGCCGAUAGUCAAGGUGCUGUCCAAGGUAUGGUGACUGGUAUGCGCGGCCUGUGCAACGGUCUGGGGCCGGCGAUGUUUGGUGUUAUAUUUUACUUGUUUAAUGUCGAUUUAAACGAUGAACAUGCAGCUGCUAACAACACAGCAGGAAGUUCUACGGAUGGUAAAUGGUUUCAAGUACCAGGACCUCCCUUUAUGUUCGGCGGUUUUAUGGUAAUAUUGGCCAUACUGGUUGCACUUUUUAUUCCAGAAGUGCGUGGCGAAUAUAGUUUCAACAGUAGAUCUCCAAUUGAAAAGAAACGGGUCUCUUUGGAUGUACAAUAUGAAAUAGAGGGAGGUCCCAAACCAACCAGCCCCCUAAUGCAUUCAGAUUCACUGGCACAGCUGUAGUAAAAUUUAGUUAACGAUAAGGAUCUUUUGUUUCGUUAAACUGAAAUUGCAAAUAAUUUAUCUGCCGACUAUUAUAUACCUAAAGCAUAAAAUUCGAACAAUAUAUGGCGACAAAGCUAGUCAUUACACAAUUAUCAAUUAAUUAGUAACAAAAUUUUUAACAAGUUCCUUCGGUAAGUUACGUUCAAUACUAGCAAAGAUAGUUCAAAGCCAGUAAAACUUAUUAUAAAACGUUCCUGGUGGUCUGGCUUACAGUAUGUUAUUAAGGAAUUAACUUGGCACUGAAUUAUUAUUAUCGCAGAUAAUAAUUCCAUUUGGAAUUAUUUUAAUAUUCAAAAAUGUUUUCCUUAAUACAUUUUCAUCGACUUUAUUUAUUUAUUUUUUUUGUUUUUUCGAAAUGACAAUAGAUUUUCCCAAAAGUUCUCUAUAUCAAAUUAUCGGUGAAUUAUACGUUUCCGAGUUUUUCUUUAGUCAGAUCCUUUGUCCUUCUCGUUGCACUUUUAGCUCUUCAGUGAGCUCCUUAUGCUAACGUUCCUUUGAUAAAAGCACUUUAUCAAUUCCAGUCGUAAAUAAAAUAAAUCAUUUCCGUUAUUUACGUUUUACUUUUAAUCCAAAGUACUUGAGCUUCAUUCAUAAUAACUACUCUUGUGAGAUAGCUUUGCCGUCAAAGAAACCCCUUAAUAAACUGGUAACAAUUGCAGUAAAUUGCCCACUUGUAAAUUUCAUUAUAUAUAGUUUUGUUUUCGCAAAAUUAUAAGUGCAAAGUAGAAGAAUAAAAGAAUAUAUUCCAAAAAUAAAGAAAUUAAAAGUGAAUUUCAAAAAGCCGUACAAGGCUUUCCGGGUAACUUUUGCGGAAAAACGCUAAACAAAAAUAUUGAACAUCUUCGUUUUUCGAAACGUCUAUAAUUAUUGGAUUGGCAAGAGUCUGCGAAAAAAAAGAAAGAAAAACAAAACAUACGUUUAUAUUUUUUAAAUUUACAAUUUAAUCAUACCUGAGGCUUAUAAUACAAAUAACUUGAGUGAGUAUUAUUUUGAGAAUAGAUAUAAAGAGUUUUUUUCCUUAAAGAGCAAACAAUAUAGUGAAAUUGAUCUUAAGUGAAUCGUUGAUAUUCCCUGAAUGAAACCAACGAAUUGUCAUCACAAAAUAUUCUCUUCAAUAUUGGUGGGCCAGUUGCUCGAUCACGUUAAUGUCACCUUGACAUUAGAGAUUUCGAGCAUUUCUAUAUCAAUUUUUAAGGUCAUAAAUGUUCCUUUAAGAGAGAACAGACGAACGGACACAAUUAAACUGCUUUAAAAUUUCACCUUGAUCGAGAAUAAAUUUUCGCAAAUCAUUUUCUGGGAGUUGGUAAACGAAAAGCAUAUCUAAUUGCUGAAUACUAUCAAUCAAUUUAUUCGCACUUCAAUUAUAAAAAUCAAAAUCAAAUCUAUGAGAAGUGAAUGUGGAGUAACAAAAGAGAAAAUCAAAUUGAUACUGAACAUGGUACAUAAAUUCAAUGAGCUACUUACUUACUUAUCCUAUAUCUGAUUUAUGCUUAAGGCCACAAUAAUUGCUAAAUAAUAAUAAUUUUACCAAAUUUAUUUAUAAGUUUUGAUGCUGGAUUUAAAGCCACAAGAAAAUAUCUUGCAAAAAAAAAUUGAAAACUUUUAUUUGCUAAAUAUCAUAAAUGGGAAAAAACACUUUUUCAUCCUUGAAUGCUUACAUUUCAAUUCAUAAACUUUAUCAAGUAUACGAUCACGUUUCCAAUUUUUAGGGAAAAUUUCAGUUUGAUAGAAUACAAUAAUUUUAAAGUAAAGUAUCAUUAAAAAUGGUUAAAGUUAAUUUACUAUAAAUAAACUAACAGUUAUUUCCUUCCUUAUC